UCUAAAAAGCUGCUCCCGAGGUCAAAACCCAUACCCCUCGGCCCUCUCUCGCGCGCUCUCUCUCUCUCUCGACCACCAACCCUCGAUCAUGGCGGCUCGCCUAACGAGAGGAAAACCACUUCCGGCGGCAACUGAUUUCGUCUUCUAGACCCGCUUCUCGGAGAACCAUUUCCGUCGUUCUACCUCCAACUUUUUCUCUAUUUUUAAUCCGCCCUCGAUCGAUCCCCUGCCCCCUCCCCUCGAAACUCGGCCUCUUCCGAUCAGUUUCAUUGAAAUCUUGUCGGAAUUUUUAAAUGAAGCCACCCAAGAGAUUUUCGAACUGAUCCGACACCUCUCUAUUCCGUCUCAGCGAAAAUGGGAAGCAGAUGGAGGAAAGCCAAGCUCGCUCUCGGCCUGAACCUUUGCGUCUACGUCCCGAAGACUCUCGACGACGUCUCGCCGUCCGACUCUUGGAUAUCCUCAGACCCUACCGCGGUCUCUCCGGCGUCGGGGGCUUCUGAUUUUCGCGCUUUGAUGCCCUCUACUCCAACUCCGACCUCCUCUGGCCUCCGGCUUUCCAAAUCCAGCGCAUCGUCCAAGAAAGCUUGUGCUAUAUGUCUAGCCUUCAUGAAACCAGGACAUGGUUAUGCUCUCUUUACUGCAGAAUGCUCGCAUACCUUCCAUUUCCAUUGUAUUGCUGCAAAUGUAAAACAUGGGAAUCAUGUGUGCCCAGUUUGUAGGGCCAAAUGGAAGGAGAUACCCUUUGGAGGGCCCACAUCCUGUGAGUAUCCUCAUGGAAGAGCCAGAGUUAGUCCAGUUAAUUGGCCUCAAGAUGAUGGGUUUGUGAAUGUGCUGCGGCGGUUCCCUCGGGUUGAGUCUUUGAAUAGGCAGCAUCGUCUAACACCCCUUUUUCACAGUUCAGAACCUACUGUCUUCAAUGACGAUGAGUCUUUGGGAUCCUUAGCUGAAACAGCUGAAGAAAUCCAACAUGGAUGCAUGAGAAUGGUGGAGAUCAAGACAUACCCAGAAUUCUCAGCCAUUCAACAGUCAGUUUCUGAAGAAAACUUCACCAUUCUAAUCCAUCUCAAGGCUCCAUUUGCUCCCAUGAUGCAACUAUGCAGCAGAAAUUCCCACAGGAACACUAACCUCUUGAAAACCUCUCGAGCUUCUGUUGACCUUGUAACAGUGCUUGAUGUCAGUGGCAGCAUGGGUGGUACCAAGCUUGCAUUGCUGAAGCGAGCUAUGGGGUUUGUGAUUCAAAAUCUUGGGCCCUCUGACCGGCUUUCUGUCAUUGCCUUCUCAUCAACUGCUCGCCGGCUCUUUCCCCUUCAUAGGAUGUCUGAAUCUGGCCGGCAGCAGGCCUUGCAAGCCAUCAAUUUGCUGACAUCUGGUGGUGGGACUAACAUUGCUGAAGGCCUCAGGAAGGGUGUGAAAGUGAUUGAAGAUCGUAAGGAAAAGAACCCUGUCUGCAGCAUCAUUUUGCUCUCUGAUGGGCAAGAUACAUAUAUGGUCACCCCGACUUCUGGCGGUGCUCAACCAACACAACCAGACUAUCGAUCACUUGUUCCAUCCUCCAUUCGUGGUGGCACAGGUCAUCAGAUACCUGUUCAUGUAUUUGGUUUCGGUGCUGACCAUGACUCCGAGUCAAUGCAUUCGAUCUCAGAGACCUCUGGUGGGACCUUCUCUUUCAUUGAGACUGAGGGCACAAUCCAGGAUGCUUUUGCACAGUGCAUUGGAGGGCUUCUGAGUGUGGUGGUGCAAGAGAUGCAUGUCGGCGUGGAGUGUGUGCACCCGAGUGUUCACCUUGGCUCCAUAAAAUCUGGCAGCUAUGCCAAUCAGGUCACAGAUGAUGGUCAUAAUGGAUCUAUUGAUGUGGGAGACUUGUAUGCAGAUGAAGAGAGGGAUUUUCUGCUGUCUGUCGAUGUUCCACCAGCUGGUGAAGAAACUGUGUUGCUCAAAGUGGGCUGUACCUAUAGAGAUCCUGUGUCAAAAGAGACUGUGAACAUGGAAGGCGUGGAGGUGAAGAUCUCAAGGCCGUUGAUUGUUGUGGAACAAACAAUGUCGAUCGAGGUGGAUCGUCAGAGGAACCGUCUCCUGGCUGCGGAGGCCAUGGCUGAAGCGAGGGCUGCCGCUGAGCGUGGUGAGCUCUCGGAGGCUGUCUGCAUACUUGAAGAACGCCGGAGAAUACUGUCAGAAUCUCUGGCAGUGCGAUCAGGGGACCAGCUGUGCCUCGCACUUGAUGCAGAGCUGAGGGAGAUGCAAGAAAGAAUGGCCAGCUGGCAAAGGUAUGAAGCAUCAGGGCGGGCAUAUGUGCUGUCAGGGUUGAGCUCACACUCAUGGCAGAGGGCAACGACACGUGGGGACUCGACAGAUAGCAGCUUCUUGCAAGCCUAUCAGACACCAUCCAUGGUCGACAUGCUGCAGCGUUCCCAAACAAUGAGUCCUGCAUCUAGGCAUCCAAAUAUACAGAUGCGACAGGCAAAAUCAUUCCCGGCACCACCGCAGCCAGGGUAAUUCGACAUGUUUUAUGAGGAGAGGAGAAUUCAUCCUGGUAUUUUUGUUUAGGACUGCUUUUGUUUUUUGGCCCCUUCUUGAUUUUGGGCAAUGUGGAAGGUGGGGGUAUAGCGCGGAAGGUAAAGAGAAGGAGAUUUGGAGGGUUAUUACAUUGGUGUUGGGGUGUAUUGUUAACUUGUAAAUGAUUAAGUUUGGGUCGGUGUGGGAAAGAUGAUGAUGGUUCAGUUCAAGUGGGGAAAAGGUGAAGGGUAUUGACCUGCGUGUUUUGCCUUCUGUCCUCUUACUCUGGUUUUGGUGCUGUACAUAAGAGAAGGGAGGGGGUAUAAGCUAGUGAUCUUGGGAAUAUCACGUCCUUGUGGGUUGUGUUCUUCUCAUGAUAUGUGUUCUGCAAAUUAUGGUUUAAAUCUAUGGGUCCUUUUCUAUUCCUCCUGCAUUAGCUGCAUACUGCACUUCUCACGGGACAAAGUCUUUUGGCUCUGAUCUGGUAAGCAAACUGAAAAGAGAAAAAUGUGCAGCUGCACUGUGCCUGGCAGUUUGAUGGUUGGAUUUUAGGAUUGGCAAAUGAGCAUCCAUAUUUUUAUCUACAGCAGAAAACAUAUCCUCACAACGUGCAUUUAUUCCAUGCUUCGAAAAAGAAACACCAGAGAAAAUCAAGCAGGUGGGAUCUGCUUCCUAUUCUUAACAUUUCAUAUGAUUGUUGUCAUCUUGGUGGUAUGAUUGUAUCAGUUCUGAUGUAGAAGAGAGGAUAUGGUUAGUUCCGUACUAGUUGUUUUAGUUGUGAAACAAGAUGAUUCUGAUUUAUAUAGGAAGGGGUUAUUUUUUUU